UCACAUAUCAGCAGCAAUUUGGAAUAUUGAAAGGCAUCAGAAAUGCAGGGUCCAGAAGUGCCAGUACGGGUGGCAGUCAGAGUCAGACCCCUUCUUCCAAGGGAGCGACUUCAUAAUCACCAGGUUUGCGUACGCGUGAUACCAGGUGCGAACCAGCUGGUUCUGGGCAAGGACCGCGCCUUUACGUUCGACCACGUGCUGUCCUCCAAGACAUCCCAGGAUGAGGCGUACAGCAAGAUUGUCGAGCCGCUCGUGCAGAGCUGUUUCGAGGGGUACAACGCCACCGUGUUUGCAUACGGUCAGACUGGAUCUGGAAAGACGUAUACCAUUGUGGGAGGUGGAAAUACAGACACCAUUACAGAAGACGAGUAUGGUAUCAUCCCUCGUGCCAUCAAGCAGAUCUUUUCCACCAUCGCACAGAACCACAAUGUGGACUACACAGUGUUGGUCUCCUACAUAGAGGUGUACAUGGAAGAACUGAGAGAUCUGAUUGAACUAGAGACAUCCAGCAAAGAUCUACACAUCAGGGAAGACGAAAAUGGAAAUACAGUCAUAAUUGGUGCCAAGGAGGAGCAAUGCUGCUCAGUUGAGGAGGUGAUGGCCAUCCUGGCGUCAGGGUCAGCCUCCCGACAGACAGGAACCACCCUGAUGAACGAGCACUCCAGCCGCUCCCACAGCAUCUUCACCCUCGUCAUCGAGCAGAGGUGGCGUGACGUCGACGCCAGCGCUUCUCUCACUCCGGACGAGGACGACCUGGACUCCACCGCGAAGGAAACCCGCUUCGUGUCCUCCAAGUUUCACUUCGUGGACCUGGCAGGGUCGGAGAGGGCGCAGAAAACGGGGAACGUCGGCGAUCGCUUCAAGGAGUCCAUCCACAUCAACAGCGGACUGCUCGCUCUCGGUAACGUGAUCAGCGCGCUGGGAGACACGAAGAAGAGGGCGUCGCACAUCCCGUACCGAGACUCCAAGAUCACCCGGCUGCUGAAGGACUCGCUGGGAGGGAACGCGCAGACCGCCAUGAUCACCUGUAUCAGUCCCUCCAGUUCUGACUUCGACGAGACGCUCAAUUCACUCAAGUAUGCCAACAGAGCUAGAAACAUCAAAAAUAAGCCGAUCGUAAACACAGACCCACAAUCCAUCGCCAUGGACGCCAUGCGGACGGAGAUCGAGGCCCUGAAGGAGGAGCUGCGGAGGCAGCGUGACGCGUACCGGGACCUGACGGAGACGGAGCAGGACGCCACGCCGGAGGACAUGCGUGUCAGGAUGCUGGAGGAGCAGCUGGCCCAGUCUAAGACGGAGUGUGCUCACUACCGACUGUGUGCUGAAGAGGCUUACAAACAGUUUGUGGAUGUGCAGCAGAGUGAUAUUCUGACCAAGAGUCAGGAGGCACGUAUCCAGAACUGGCUGGACUUGAUGGACGAAGUUAAGAAUGAGGUACCCGGGGCCUUCAUCCUGGGUGGGGAGACUCCCGACCAGGACACCAUGGACAAACUGAAGAAGGACCUCAAGAAAGCCCACAAGGACCUCAAAUCUGACGAGGAAAUCUUUGCCGAGAAGGCUAGAGAGGCCUCGCAGAUGUCGGAGAGGAUUCAGAAACUGGAGGCAGAGAACCAGAGUCUGAGGGAGAAACUGGCCCUCACAGAGGAGAGGCUCGGUGAACAGGAGCAGAAGCUGAUCGACCAGCAAGUUCUGAUUGAGAACCUACAUCAGCUGGAGUCUGACCACACAAACUCUGUGCGGAUAGAAGUGUCGGACACCCCGGAUGUGUUACCCAAGAAUGGUGCCCUCCCCAGUGCACGAGCACACUCCGCACCAGUCAGGACCAAGCACAGGAACUUCAGCAUUGCCAGCUCCAGCCAGAUAGGGCUCAGACCUGAGUCCAGGAAGGUGCACACCAGCCCGGGUGUGUUCUCCCUGGAGAGAGUCAUCCAGAACUUCCGCGCUCGGAGCCACCUGCUGGCCAACCAGCUGGAGGACAGCGACAAGGUACAGCACGAACAGUUCAGCGACGCCAGCGAGGAACAAAACAGUGAUGACGAGGACGACACAGCCAAGGCACUUGGAGGCACUUGGAAAGUCAAGAGGAAGGCAGCCACUGAGAUCGGUGAGGACACCGCCAAAGUCUCCUUCAAACUGGCCCUGGCUGGAGACUUACCAGACGAAGAGGGUGAACCAAUCAGGAGAGAGAUAACAGACAAGCGAGAGUCCAAAGGUGUGUCCAUCUGGGUGGAUCCCCAGAGUAAGAGUCUGAACGUGGAGGUGGAGAACCUGCGAGCCAGCACACAGGUCACCAGGCAGCUCAUGAAGGAGUCAGAAGUCAGACUCCAGACUGCCAACCAGAAGAUGCGAGAGCUGGCACUGAAUAUCCGCAUGAAGGAGGAACUGAUCAGGGAACUGGUCAAGACUGGUAAGGAUGCCCAGGUGAUGAACAGACAGUACUCAGCUAAGGUACAGCAGCUGGAGAGGGAAGCUGAACAGGCCAAGAAGGAGGCCAUGGAGACACAGAAGAAACUACAGGAGGUGGAGAACAGGGGACACCAUGAGUCAAACGAGAAAGAAAAGCUCCAGAAGGACUUCCGUAAGAAGAUGGAGGCGGCCAAGUCCCGCGUGCAGGCCCUGGCCAAGAAGCAGAGGGAGAAGGAGAAGGUGGCGACACUCCACGGGCAGAACGACAAGAGGAUUCACGACCUGGAGCUCAGCAUCAGGGACAUGAAGCAACAGCACGACAACCUGCAGAGGAAACUCAAGGCUGAAGCAGACGGAAAGACCAAACUGGAGAGGGAGCUGCAGCGGGACCAGCAGAGGAUCAAAGAUCUGGAGAUCCAGAACCAGCAGCAGCAGAAGAUCCUGAAGAGGAAGACGGAGGAGGUCGCCACAGCCAAGAAACGGCUCCGACAGGGCAGCGCCGGCACUCUGGGCCAUACUGCGGAGCUGGAGCAGCAGAAGCUGGAUGAACAGCGGCGCUGGCUGGACGAGGAGAUGGAGAAGGUCCUGGAGCGGCGGCGGGGGGUGGAGAUGUUGGAGGGGGAGCUGCAGAAACGAGAGGAGAUCCUCGCCAAGAAGGAGGCCAUGAUCGCCGAGAGGAGCCAGCUGGAGAUGAAGAAGCUACGAUCCAGUCAGGUCAUCACCAAGGACUUGACCACUCUGUCCUCUCGGCUUGAGGAGGUGGACAGAAAGCUGGAGGAGAGGACCAGUGCACUGUCCAGCGGGGAGACGGACGAGAGACAGAGGGUCAGGGACGAGGUGCGGACACUGCGACAGGGCAGGGACAAGAUCUCCAGACAGAGAGACGCACUGGACUCCAAACUAGCACAGGGGAACGUACUGGAUCCUAAGGAGGAGCGAAGGCUGAUAGAGCUGGAUGAAGCCAUUGAGGCACUAGACGCUGCCAUCGAGUACAAGAACGACCUGAUCGCCAGCCGUCGGCAGGAGCUGCGCCGCUCGGAGCUGACCCACAGUGAGGACAUGCUGCUGGGGAAACUACACGCCCUGUCCGUGUCAGAAACCAGGACACUUCUCACCAAGUACUUCGACAAGGUGAUCUCCCUGAGGGAGGAAGAGCGGAGACUGGAGCUGCAGUAUGGGGAGAUGGAGCUGAAGGUGGAUGAACAGAACAGGCUCAUCCGGGAGAUGGAGUCUUCACUACAGCGUGCUGCAAUGGAUACAGAAAGGAAGCUUCUCAAUCAGCAGAAGGAAUACGAGAAGCAGGUGCAGUUCUUGAUGCAACAGGCAUCCGAGGGCGGUAAGGAGACGACAGAGGAGACCGUCAGCCAGCUGGAGCAGAAGUGCCAGCUGCUAGAAAAAGACCUGUACUACUACAAGAAGACCAGUCGCGACCUGAAGAAGAAGAUGAGGGAGCUGGUGGCCAGGAGCGGCUCCCAGGGUGACGGCGACGACAUCGUGGGGAGCAGCGUCGCGAGCUCAAUAUCCGUCCGGGACGGGAUGGCGCCGUCCAGAACGGGGCUGAGGGACGAGGUGAGGAACGGCGGCGCGGCGUUGUCGGUGAGGUUCCAGGAACCGGAGAGAGGACAGGGUGACACGCCGCGGGAAGAUCGGAAGUCAGCGUCCAGGAGAGAGCGACGGUCCCACGGAGACGACAAGGUGCCGGGCUCUCCCAACAGGAGGGAAGCAGCGCCCAGAAUCAAGACCCCCUCGCAGACCGAAGACGAGGACGUCUUCCGGGACGUACCACUGAACGGCGGGAGGGACAGCGGCAGCGUCGUACACAAGUCGCGAACUCUCGCCGAAGAACAGAAGGACAUCGCGGCGAUGUCGCUGCAGAAAAGCUCCUACACAGACCCCAGCGGGUCACUGCGAGAAAUGACUCCGGUGAGGAAGGCCAGACGGGACCUGAGACAGAUCUCGCCGGCGGAAGUUUCCAUGAGAAGGUCCCAGGCAACGAACGCCAGCCAGGCUUCGCUACCCGUGGACUCCAUAGAAGCAGGCGCUGGCAGUAAGAACCCGUGGUCUUAUUUUGUACACCAGAAGGACGAGGUGAGGAACGGCGGCGCGGCGUUGUUGGUGAGGUUCCAGGAACCGGAGAGAGGACAGGGCGACACGCCGCGGGAAGAUCGGAAGUCCGUGUCCAGGAGAGAGCGACGGUCCCACGGUGGAGACGACAAGGUUCCGGGCUCUCCCAACAGGAGGGAAGCCGCGCCCAGAAUCAAGACCCCCUCGCAGACCGAAGACGAGGACGUCUUCCGGGACGUCCCACUGAACGGCGGGAGGGACAGCGGCAGCGUCGUACACAAGUCGCGAACUCUCGCCGAAGAACAGAAGGACAUCGCGGCGACGUCGCUGCAGAAAAGCUCCUACACAGACCCCAGCGGGUCACUGCGAGAAAUGACUCCGGUGAGGAAGGCCAGACGGGACCUGAGACAGAUCUCACCAGCGGAAGUUUCCAUGAGAAGGUCCCAGGCAACGGACGCCAGCCAGGCUUCGCUACCCGUGGACUCCAUAGAAGCAGGCGCUGGCAGUAAGAACCCAUGGUCUUAGUGAGAGACUGGAGCUGUGGGAGGUCUCCAACAAAUGUAGCCUGGUGUCCAUUCCAUUAUGGUUGGGGUAGGGGCUCUCUUUCGGGGAAAUAGUUUCCCCCCUGCCCUGCUCGGUGUUUGUAUUACACCUGUUUUACACCUUGUAUUACACAGUUUUGUACACCAGAAGUUGAUUAGCCUCACCACAAUAUCAUGGCAGGGCUAAUUGAACUUCCAUUGUGCAAAACCUGCCGGGAAGCCUAACCACAAUAGACUGGACGCCAGGCUACAACAAAUGCUGCUAUCCGUCCAUAUCGUUGGUUCUCGUGUUAACACUUCAGACACUUUAGUAGGAACUGUAUCAUGUCAGAAGUGUUUGUUAGAUGCUGUUGAAGAAUUGCUGUUGUACGGUGUUAGUGUGUUCCUGCUUUCUAGACAGCACUUUGGUUUGCCAGUAUGAGCUUAUCCUUGGUAUAUAUAUUUGCAGUUCUUGUAUUGCUAUCUUCUUGGGACCAUCUUUGAACCAUGCUUUGACAAGUACAAAAUAAGCCAUACGUGUCGUACAUUGAGUGUCACAAAGUGUCAAAAAAUACUCAGUCUGAAAUAAUCAUUUUAUCAUAAUGUUUUAAUGAACAUACAUGUAUAAAGUAUUCGUGUUUGUCACAAUGGUGUAUUUUUCCACCUUGAUGAAAUGCAGGCUGGAGUGAUAACUCUGACUGAGUGAGUUGUCGUAUAUAGCACCAGAGGUACGAACUGAAUAAUUUGAAGUUUCGACCAUGUUGUUUGCAAGGCUAAGGGUAUAUGUUUGUUUGUGCUAUUUGGAAUAUUACAGUGAAUACUUGUAUUGCUAUUGGUGUAACUUUUGUUG